GGACAAUCAAUCAAUUUGCCUUACCUACGAUGCGCCAUUCCUCCUAACAUUCAAACUCGAAUACUGAAAUAAAUCAACACAAGCAAAGGCAAGAGAAAUGUCAGCCUAAGCCUUUAAUGGCGACAUCACCACCACCAUUCCCCUCGUCUUUUGAUCCCGCCAUCCAUCUUCACUCCGACGUGCCCCCUAGCGAUAUUCUACCGGUCGAGCCGCCAUCGGAAUCCUUCUCUGACGAGUUAGAGGCGCUCAACCUCCAGCGGUUGGAGAAUACGCGCAAUAAAGUCGUGAUUCAGCAUCGGGCGUGGAAUUUGUCGGAUGUAUUUCGGAGUGACGAGGACGUGAGACCUGAGACUCCAACGCGAUCAUACAAACUAUCUCAAUUAAAGGAGGGCUGUGUGGCUUCUUUCCCGUCUUCGCCCCCGACCGCAACCGCCAAAAUGCCGUUCAUUUCCUCCCCCGUUGCGUUUCCCUCGAGUGCUGCGCCGUCGUCGCCUGACGCGCAGAAGAGAAAGAAUGAUGAACAGUCGCAGUCGCAAGCGGCGGAGCCGAAGAAACAGAAGAUUAUGGGGGGGUUCUUGGAUGAGGAUGAUGAUGAGGAUGGUGACGAUGAUGCUAUGGAUGCGUUUCGGGAUGCUCACUUUAGAAGCGAAUUCGAUACGCAGGAGGAUCUGAUGGGUCAGUCCUUGUUGGAACAGCCAGAAACCCAAGCUCAAGCCUCCCAAUCUGCUCAGACGGAGUCGGCACAUCUUCCAGAGGAACCGAUUGCGCCUACCGCCGAGUCUUCGACCUUUACGUCUUCGAUCCCAACUCGUCGAGUACCGUUGUCGAUUCCGAUCAAAACCUGCGCUGGGAAGACUCACAAUGUCAGGAUGAAAAAAGCUGCGGCGCCAGUUCCAUAUCAAAGUCUUGCUGCCAGCCGCUCUACUACCGCCCCUGGCCGAGCUCAGAAGAGUUACUACGGUAUCGAUAUCCACAAACUCUUAGACGAGGCCGCCAUAGAAGCCGAGCAAUCCAAAGCGGCCAAGUCGCUGCCUCGCCCCACGGUGCAGCCGUCUAUUGAACCUCACACGGGGAAUGGAAAGAGCAAGAAAUACGCGUCGUCGAUGUGGACUGAGAAGUACCGGGCUCGCAAAUUCACAGAGCUGAUCGGCGAUGAGCGCACGCACCGGUCGAUCUUGCGCUGGCUGAAGGGGUGGGAUCCCAUUGUGUAUCCGAAUCUUGCACGGUCGAAGCCGAAGAAAACGCCGUUUGGCCAUGAUGAGGAGGAGCGCCCUCAUAGAAAGGUGCUGUUGUUGUGUGGGCCCCCGGGCCUGGGAAAGACUACAUUGGCACAUGUCUGUGCGCGCCAGGCCGGCUAUGAGGCGCUGGAGAUCAACGCCAGUGAUGACCGGAGCAGAGAUGUCGUGAAGGGGAGGAUCAGAGAUGCGCUGGGCACGGAGAACGUGAAGGGGAUGAAUGUCGAUGUGGACGGGCAGAAAGUGAGGAAGAUUGGACGGCCAGUGUGCGUUGUCGUGGAUGAGGUAGAUGGUGUGGUCACUGGAUCUGGGGGUGGUGGAGAAGGUGGAUUCAUGAAAGCGCUGAUUGAUCUGGUCUACCUCGAUCAGAGGAACUCGACGCGCUCGUCUGAGCAGAAUGCGGGCGGCAAGAAAAGGAAGGGUGAUAACUUUCGAUUCCUUCGUCCUCUCAUUCUGGUCUGCAAUGACCUGUACCACGCCAGUUUACGACCCCUGCGGCAAUCCUCUGUUGCUGAGAUCAUCCAUGUUCGCCAGGCGCCUUUGGAGAAUGUUGUCACCCGCAUGAAGCACAUAUUCACCAAAGAAGGCAUUCCGGCUGACAACGAUGGCGUGCGGAGACUCUGCGAAGCAUCGUGGGGCCUUGCGCGACGGAAACAAGCCAAUGUCAAAAAUACCGGAACGGCCGAGGGCGAUAUUCGAACUGUUCUCGUCGCGGCAGAGUGGGUGGCGCAUAAGUUACGAUCCGAGAAUGCCUUGAAGUUGACCAGGAAUUGGCUGGAGCAAAAAGUGCUAAACGAUGACGCCGGAGGCGGUUCGUUCAAGGGCUUGAACCGCGGAGGUGUGCGAGACAUUGUCGACCGAGUCUUCAUGGAAGGGGCCGGCUUUCCUCCACCCCCGGUUGGCUCUGACUCCUUUGAAGACCCGUAUGAUAGGACCAGUCGGGUUACCGUUGGUGUUGCCGAUCUCAAGAAACGCCACGGCAUCAGCAAGUUGCGGGAGAUGGUCGACGCCAGCGGUGACCAUGACCGGUGUGCCACCGAUUGUUUCGCCUCGUACCCUCUCCAUUCCUUCCAAGACGACACCUUCCUCACCAAACCCAACACCGCCUACGACUGGCUCCACUUCCACGACACGAUCUCCUCCAAAGUCUUCGGCACGCAGGAAUGGGAGCUGAGCGGAUAUCUCAGCCAGUCGGUCGUAGCAUUCCACCACCUCUUCGCGUCGUCGAAAGGCAAGCGCAGCUUGAAACCCGAUGAAGAAGAAGAGGAACACCCAUUCUACGGGCCCAGGGCUGAAUAUGCUGCCUAUGAGGCCCAGAAGCAGAACAGCGCCACCAUCACAGGCUUCCAGUCUUCUUUCUCCGCGCCCUUGACGAGACUCUUCCGCUCCACCGACAGCCUGGUCACGGACCUCAUCCCGAACGUGGUCCGCAUGUUGUCACCAGACGUCAAACCGGUCGUUGUGCGCGGAAACGGAGACCAGCGCAGCGUAGCGAGCGUUCGCAAGGAGAGCGAACGAGCUCUCGUGCAAUCGGCAGUCCGCGUCAUGGCCGGGCUAGGCGUGACCUUUGAGCGGGUGCGUGUUGAAGGAGAAGGCGGCACCCACGGGGGAUGGGCAUAUCGCAUGGAACCACCCCUCGACUCCCUCAUAACAUUCUCCAAAAUGAACACCCCCUCCCAGACAAGCAGCGCAUCCGCACCCGUCCGCUACGCCGUCCGCCAAGUCCUCGACCAAGAAUACCGCAAAGAAACAGCCCGCAAACAAACCGAAGCCAUCAGCGCCGUCACAACGGGCAAGAAGCCUGGCCACCCCGGUGAGGACGGGCCGACGGCAAAGAAGAAGGCCCUCCGCGACGCCCCGGGCGUCAAGCGGGACUUCUUCGGCCGCAUCGUGCGCGAGCCGACGCCGCAGCCGGAUGAGUCUGGGAGGGACCCCGCGCAGGAGGAGGCGCUGAAGGCGGGACGCAAGGUGUGGGUGACAUAUCAUGAUGGGUUCUCGAAUGCUGUGCGGAAGCCGAUUUCGAUGGCGGAGUUGUUGGGAGGGUUGUAAUUUUGAUUAUUAUUAUCUAUUAAUGACUAUAUGAUGUAUACAUAGGUAGCUGUUCGUUUCAUAGGGCUUAGCAUAAUGGUGCU